AUGACACACAAAACACCCCCCAGCACACACCACAAUCCCACCCGGAACCAAAUACCCAACCGAACCACCGCCGCCCGAAAACCAAGCACAUGCAAAAGCAGAUGCUGGGACUGGAUGAUCACCCCCAGCGGAAACUGCCACUACGCGAAGAACCGGGCGUCGUUUGCGUCGUACCGCCGGGCGCCGGGCCGCGUGGGCUCGCAGCGCGUGCUGGGCGUGGGGAGCGUGGAACUGAAGGUGCGCCGGGCGCCGGACGACGCGCGGCCGAAUGUGCUGGCGUUGCAGGGGGUGCUGCAUCUUCCUGACGCGAGCUGUAACGGGUUGAGUUUGCCGCGGUAUCGGGGGGCGAAUGGGUUGGUUGGGAUUACGGGAGAGGAGCGUGGAAGGGGGGGGUUUCUCCAGGCGCGGAGCGAGGUUGAUGGGGAGCGGCUUUGGUAUGGGGAUGAGUAUUGUGGGUGGUCGCGGGUGGUGCUGUGGGGGGAUCCCCGGGGGGAGACGUAUUUGGGGCAGGAGCCGGAGGGGAGUAUGCUUGGUGUGGUUGCGUCGGCGGAGGAGUUGGAUCAGUUGUUUACGAGGGUGAAGGAACGGAGUUUGGUUUAG